AUGUCGCUCUUUUUCAAGACCCCCAUCGAUAUCGAGAUCCGCCUCGACGGCGAAAGCGCCCGCCGCCACGUGGACGUGCGGUCGGCCCAGGGCCGCAUGGACUCGCUCCCGCUUUAUGCCGACGGCGAGUCCGUGAAAGGCGAGGUCUCCGUGCGCACGCGCGAGGGCAAGCGCUUGGAGCACGUGGGCAUCAAGGUCCAGCUCUUGGGCUCCAUCGCGCUGUCGCUGGACGUGGUCUCCAGCUCGGACUUCCUCUCGCUCGCCACGGAGUUGGCCGCGCCAGACACGUUGGCUCGUGCAGAGACGUACCCUUUCGAGUUCAAGAACGUCGAGAAGCCGCACGAGAGCUACCGAGGCCUCAACGUGAGCUUGCGCUACUACCUCCGCGUGGUGGUGUCGCGCCGCAACAAGGCCGAGAUCACCCGCGACAAGGAGCUCUGGGUGCACCAGUACUCGGCGCCGGCGCCGCAGACGGGGCCGCAGCUGCCGACAGUGAAGACGGGGCCGCAGCUGCAGACCCUGCUGACCGUGAAGAUGGACGUCGGCAUCGAGCACUGCUUGCACAUCGAGUUCGAGUACCUGAAGUCGCGGUUUCUGUUGAAUGAGGUUCUUGUCGGGCGCAUCUACUUCCUCCUCGUGCGGCUCAAGAUCAAGCACAUGGAGAUCUCGCUCAUCCGCCGCGAGUCCGUGGGCUCCGCGCCGAAGCAGGUUGUCCACAGCGAGACCUUGGUCAAGUUCGAGAUCAUGGACGGCGCGCCGGUCAAGGGCGAGAGCAUUCCCAUCCGGUUGUUUUUGGGCGGCUACAACUUGACGCCCACCUACAAGGACGUCAACAAGAAGUUCUCGACCCGCACCUACUUGUCUCUCGUGUUGAUUGAUGAGGACGGCCGCCGCUACUUCAAGCAGAGCGAGAUCGUGUUGUACAGAGAGGAGUAA